AUGUCCACUGCUGAAGGUGAAUGUGGUGAAGAUGUUAUAGUUGGGGUCCGGCAAAAGAGGGGUCGGGGAAAGAGUGAGAUUCUUAGCCCUGCGAUGAAGAGGCGAAAGGCUGUGGUGAGGGAAACUUCAUGGACAGGUCGGGAGAUUCCCAAUAUUUCGAAGGACACAAUUGCUGACCCCCUAAGGCCUGUUCCUCGUGAUUCCCUUUUGGAGUUUGCGAAAUUCUGCUGGGAAUGGGGACAAGAAGAAAAUUCACAUGUGCGGUUAUGUGGAGAAGACAGUACGGAAGGUUCGUAUAACUUCUUUGUUCGAUUGCUAACCAAGGAUGGUUGGUUGGAUGACUCAAAAUGUGCUGCCUUGGAUUACAAGCAAAUGAAGGCGUAUGUGGGACAGGAGUACAGGCAGCACAGCAAGGGUCUACUGGGAAUGGUCAGGGGCGAAGGGCCUAAGUUGGCUAAAUCAUGGUCGUCUGUGAAUCGCGUUUGUUUGCCCUUCAACCUAUAA